AUGUCUUCUUCCAAAGACAGAGAUGAUAGCCUUGAGCGAGAACUUGCUUAUGAGGAUAUUACGAUGGCCACCGGCAAGACCAGCAAGGAGAAGCGAGAUGAUGCUAAGAAGGAGAAAGAUCGUGAAGCAGAAGCGCUAAGGCAGGAAGCCAUGAAAAAAAUGAUGCUUGACGCUGGGAAACGCAGCAAGGAAAAACGCGACAACUGA